UGCACCAGUCGUUGCAAAUGUUCUUCAACACCAGUUUGCAAUUAUUUUGGUUUUUGUUUUAAGGGUUCAGUUCCAGAAACUGUAUAUUCUAGCUGGGUCAUUUUUAUGUGCUAAAGGAUGUUGUUUUAUUAGACGCAUCGCGCACGUGGCUGACAGGUUCUAUUUUUAAACUUGUUAGAUUGUGCGCGCUCUGGCUGUAGUCAUCAGCAUACAUACCAUAUCCAUAUGCGAAGAAUUUGUCAGAAAGCCCUUUCUCGAGGAUCGUUGAUUUGUUUGAAUUCAUUUCACGGUUUUCCAACGUAGGAUAAUCUGUUGUUUUGUUGCGUUUCGUAUCCUGUUGGCGUUUGAAACAUGGAUGAUCGGUCGUGGCACAGCGAUCCCAUGUUUUCAUCGUACAACGCUCCGUCCUUUUCGGACUAUGAGGACAGCGAAGGGAUCCUGAAUUUUAAUGAUAUAAUUUCCCCCGAGGAACUGGACAAAGAGAACGUGAGCGGUGCGGUGGACGUGAAGAAGAGCAAGGCCGAGCGCGAAAAACUGCAGCGACGCACCGUGACGGGCGUCUUCAACGCCACUCCGACUUCACCACGCUUGUCGCCGCCGCCACGACCGGCUACUUGGACCAAGAACAUUUCUUCCUGGUCCCUGUCAAACUCGGGACGGAAAGAAUCGUUAUCCGCAAAAAAGAAAUUCAUGUCGACCAAGGAGUAUAACGAGAAUCUUGCGAAAUAUCAGAAGGAGAACUUGGAAUUAAAAAUCAAAUGCCAUCUGUUGCAACAACAAGCUGGAUUUUGUGAGGAUUCCGAUUCACCGUGCUCAGCAUGCAUCGAUAUGCAAGUGCAGAAAAAGAUCCUGGAAAAGAAAGUGCAAUCACUAACGGAAAAACUUCGAGAGAAAUGUGAUGCUUUGCGAAAAGAGGAUGAAGAGUUGUCGGGUCAGAAAGAAAGAUGCGUUCGGCCCAGCUUUAUGAAACAUCUUCAAGAGGAUGAACUGGAACAAGCGCGCAUGCAAGGGUACACGCAGGCCAGGGAAGAACUGGCAGCAUCAAAUGUGACACUGCGAGAUUCCUCCGUUCAAACCAGCAUGCUGCAAACAGCCGAAGAUAUACCGCUGCCUAUUCCUGAUGCUGAGCAGAGUAUGGAUGCUAAUACGACCGAGUACAGGGAUUUUCCAGCGGUUUUGUCUGCGCGCCCGUCCUUGCUGUCCGACCAAAAAGCGGUGGCUUUGAUCCGUUCGCCGGCUUCACCGUCGCCGGCCAAAGCGAGAAUCGGCACGGCCGAGCGCGGCACGUUUCAGAUGUUGAUCAAGCAUCUGCAGGAAGUCGUCGCUUUCUUGCAAAACGGUCUCAACGGGCAGUUUGAUGUGAGCAAUACGUCUCUGAACGUCUCACAGAUUCUGUGCGAAACGACUUCCCUUGACAUCAGCCUCAUGGCAGACAUGGGAAGUGGUGAGGGAAGUCGGGUGUCGUUCUCUUUGGCUGAUAAGCUGCAGGAAGUUUUGGAGCUCAGCCGUGAAUUGUCCAUGAGUCUAGAAGCGGAUGACGAUGGUGCAGAGGCGAACUGGAGCGCCCUCAAAGCGGAAAAAGACAAUUUGGCUGGUCAGGUGGAAACGCUGAGCGCUCAGCUAAAUGAUGCCUUGGCAAAACUAGACGACGCGGCUGCCGAAAAAGCUCGUCAGCAGACAGAAUCGGCGCAGACGGAAACCGAUCUGGCGGUGAAAAUUGAAGAAUUACGAAUGGAAAACGACGAUUUGGCCCAUAAACUGGCCGCUCUGGAUGCAGAGAAGGCCGAUUUGGAAAGCGAAAUGCGCGACUUGCUCAAAGACAUUUCAGCAUUUGAAGAUGAAAUGCAGAACACUAAAGCGCAGCAGCAGAUCCUGCUAGAGCGCUUACAGUCUCGGCCGGAAGUGGAUAUAAUGACCCAGACGGACUUCUCCUCGGCUGAUAUAGAAGCACUCCGAGCCGCCGUUAAUGAGAAGGACGGGGCAAUCCAGCGGAUGAGCGCCCAGCUGGACAGCGAAAAACAGUCUCGUGAGCCAUUGGAAUCUUUGCUACAGUCCACACAGCACAAGCUGGACGUUAAAGAAACCGAGCAUGCCGCGGUGACCGCCCAACUGGCCGCUGUGCAGCAGGACGCUGAGGAAUUGUCAUUGCGGGUGGAACAGUGCGAACGUGAGAAGAAGGACCUUGACCGCGACCUGAAGCUGCUCACCGUGGAUCGAGAUUCCACCGUCAAACAUUAUGGCCAAUUUCAAGAAGCCGUGAGAGCGGAGUUGCUAGAGAAGGACGGGACGAUCGAGCGCCUAACGGAAGAGGUGGAGUCGAAGACGAACAUCCAAAACGCUCUGCAGGAAAACCUUAACACGGCCACGCAGGAAGUUGCUGCACUGAAGUUGAGAGUGAACGAUUUGGGCGUGGAGUUGCAGAAAGCCCAGGAAGCCCACGCCGUCGUCGAGCAGAUGCUGUUGGACAAGAGCCCGCCAGCUUUCUCGGCGGCGCAGCAGACCGAUCUCUCGUGGGAGAGUUUGAAGGCGGAAAAGGCUAAUUUGUUGGACACUAUAGAGAAGCUGGUCACUGAGGUGGAGAACCUGGAAGCCCAUCUAGAGACGCUGAAACAGUCCUCAGCACUGGCGCUGGACAAAAAGACACGCGAGUUGCACGCCGUUACUGACAAACUGGACCUAGUGUCGACCGAACUGGAGACGGUCUUCGAGACCAAAAACGAGCUGGAGAAACGAGUGAUCGCUUUGACGGAAGCGCUGGCUGAAUUGGAAGAUAAAUUACACGCGGCGGAAGAAGAGCGCAACGCAUUAGCCGCCGAUCAGGAAAAUCUGCGCGCCAAGGCCGACCGUGUUGACAAGUGGGAGAAAGCGGCACGCAAGCAAGUGGGCAAAUCUCUAAAGAUGAUCAAGGAGGCCAACAAGAAUCUGGCGGAGAGCAGUCGCGCGCCGGUGCGCACGGCGGCCUAUCCGAAUCCCUUGGCGGAGAAGCACAGUAUGCCGCCGCAGCCGGGCAGCAGUCGGCGCUGAUCUACGAGUCUCUUCCUUUCUGUAUUGUUCCUAACGUGCCUUUGCACAGAUUGUAUUCAUGGUUUGCAAUAACGUGCCUUUGUUCUUUUUGCUCAUGGCAGACGGACGGAAUGGUAUUUUCUAAGUGUGAGUGAUUCUUUCUUACGUGUCAGCGGGUGUGGCGGAUGUGGUUUUUGUCGGUUUAAAGAAAUGUCUUGUGGUUUAUUGAUGUAUGAUG